AUGCCAGAAAACUGCGCUUUCUACAAUUGUCCGUAUAGUAGACGAUACGAAGGCUUGAGUUUAUUUAAAAUUCCAAGUAUAAAAUCAUCAGACUCGGAACACACAUCGCGAAUCAAAGCCGAGGCAAGCAACGCUUGGAAAACUGCCAUCCUUCGAACGCGUCAAGAAACGAGUGAACUCAAAGAAAGGUUUGCAAAAAACAAUAUUUUUCUUUGUGAACAUCACUUCGAAGCAGAGUGUAUUGAUUCCUUUCCCUUCACCGACAAAGAUGGUAAUGAGAAAAUACGAAAACGAUUGCAAACUGGAGCAGUUCCGACGUUGAAUUUGCCAGUCAAACAAUUGGAUACGUUGCCUGGCACUUCGAUGCCGCAACAAAGAAGGAUUAUUGUUCGCCAUGAUGAGCCAUCGACGUCUUCUGGUGUGUCUCAAACCCCUACUUUCGAUGAUUUAAAAAAGUAUUUCAAACGCGACUAUCGGUAUUUGCGUGAUUGGACUACUGAUGUGACAGGCAAUGUUAUUAUCGUUGAAAUGCGUGAACCAGGAUACCUUGUACCGAGAUACCAUCUUGAAAUCGACGAAUCUUUGGAACUAACUAUUGCCGUUUAUGGAGCUACAGUGCCAAAUAGUUCUGCGUUAUUUCCCGAGAAUAAUUCUCGCCUGUGCAGUAAAUUCAAAGAUUUGCAUAAUCUGUUGUGUGGCCUUCAGAUCUGUUGUGGAGUUUCUGUCCUUGAGAAUGAGCCCAGUGUCAGUGAAACAUUCUUGCACGUAACGCCAUUGGUUGCUACCAAGCAACAGUCUUCUCCAGUGAAUUACUGCCAAACAAGAAGAUCCAUCAAGUGUGAGGUACUAGUUGAGCAGGGAACUGAUAAAUGUAAGCCGUGCUGUAAAUUUGAAGAGAAGAAGUCACAACCUAAGCCUGCCCUUCCUGCGAAAGCCAAAGCACCCCUGACUGCAUGUUCUUCUGCUAAAUUACAAGCAACAAUCCGAGAAGAGAGAGUUCAACUGAAAGAGUCGCAACUGAAAUGCAUGCAGCUAGAAGAUCGGUUGAAAAGAAUGGAGGAGGAAAUUAGUUCUCAUGGUGUUACACUUGAUGAUGAUGUCAGCAAUUCCUUCCUUGCAAUCCUCGACCAAACCAACCUGCAAACCUCCCCACACAUGAGGCUAGUGUUCGAGCAACAGCAGAAGGCAAUGAGGACUAACAAGCAUGCUCAGAGAUGGCAUCCACACUUUAUUGAGUUUUGCCUCUCCAUACAUGCAAAGUCCUCAUCUGUCUACAAUGAACUUAGAAAAAGUGAAAAGAAUCCAGAUGGAAUCCUUUACCUUCCCCAUGAGAGAACAUUGCGUGACUAUCGUAAUCACUUUAAACCUGGUGCAGGUUUUGUGUUGGAAAACAUUGAACUUUUGAAAUCAAUAACGAAGAACUAUGAGGGACCUGCCAGAUAUGUUGUGUUGGUGUUUGAUGAGAUGAAGAUAAAAGGAAGGCUUGUCUUUGACAAACACUCAGGGAAAUUAAUUGGGUUUACCUCUCUUGGUGAUCCUGAUUUAGACUUCUCGACAUUUGAAGAGCUGGAAGUAGCAACCCAUGUACUGGCAUUCAUGAUUAGAGGUGUGCAAACAACUCUAAAAUUUAUGCUUGUGUACUUUCUAACACAAACAGUGGUGUGA